UUUGUUUUGUUUUGUUUUACGCUGAGAUCAUUUGCAUUAGCAAAUCUCGCCGUUCUCCCUUACCGGGAUCAGACCAGACAAACGAUUCGGAAUUAGCGUUCUUGCUCGGCGAAUUCACAUCCCUGUGUAGUCACACUCCUAAUUUUCUAGAUAGCAGUAAAAUGGCGCCAGUGUCAGCUCUCGCGAAGUAUAAGCUGGUGUUCUUGGGAGAUCAAUCCGUGGGGAAAACCAGCAUCAUCACCCGCUUCAUGUAUGAUAAAUUUGAUACCACUUAUCAGGCUACAAUUGGUAUUGAUUUUCUAUCCAAAACUAUGUAUCUUGAAGAUCGAACUGUUCGGUUGCAGUUGUGGGAUACAGCAGGACAGGAGAGAUUUAGAAGCCUUAUUCCAAGCUACAUUAGGGACUCAUCUGUUGCUGUCAUCGUUUAUGAUGUUGCAAGUCGACAAACUUUCUUAAAUACAGUGAAGUGGAUUGAAGAGGUCCGAAGUGAGAGGGGCAGUGAUGUCAUCAUCGUUCUUGUUGGGAACAAAACUGACCUUGUUGAGAAGAGGCAAGUCUCCACAGAGGAAGGGGAAGCAAAAGCCCGUGAUCUUAAUGUCAUGUUCAUUGAAGCUAGUGCCAAAGCUGGCUUCAAUAUCAAGGCUCUCUUUCGGAAAAUUGCUGCUGCAUUACCUGGAAUGGAAACUUUAUCUUCCACAAAACAAGAAGAUUUGGUCGACGUGAACCUCAAGUCCUCUGGUGGAACCGAGUCUCAACCUCAGUCAGGUGGAUGUGCUUGCUGAAUGUGCAUCAUGUGGGAGUUUUGUAUCGUUUUGCUUCUUGCUUUUUUGUUUUGCGACGCCCUAAGAUCUGUAAAGGUUUUGAUUAUAGUCUCCUAGACUUGAACAGCAUUAUGUGGAAAAAGAAGUGUUCAGAAUACAAGUUGAGAGGUAGCAUCAAUGGAAAAAAUGGUAACGGUUGAGAUUGUUGGUUAGGUUGUUUUAAAUUAUUGUUUCAUAACAUUGUAAGAUUGGCCAGCUUGGUAUUUAGCUUCUCAUUCAUAUAUUUGGUAACCAUUAUCAUUCCCAUA